GUUGCGCCCGGGAGCAGCGCGGAGUUCCGGUCCGUGCCCUGUUUCCCAGCAGGCCCCGCGGCGCGCCCUUCUCUUCCGGCCGGCGGCGGCGGUGCGACCAUGGCCAAGUCCAAGAACCACACCACGCAUAACCAGUCCCGUAAGUGGCACAGAAAUGGCAUCAAGAAACCCAGAUCCCAUCGAUACGAGUCUCUCAAAGGGGUUGAUCCCAAGUUUCUGAGGAACAUGAGGUUUGCAAAGAAACACAACAAAAAGGGGCUGAAGAAGAUGCAGGCCAACAAUGCCAAGCAGGCUGCUCAGCAGCAGAAAAAGGACUGACGCUGUUUAAGACAACCAGUUUUCCUAUUGGCAUGCUUGGUACAGCAUUUUUGUAAAAAUAAAAUUGGAUGUAACCAA